CGAACCAAAAUUUUCAAAGAGGGCCGAAACCUCCCGCCCUUUCCCCGUUCCCCCCACCCCCGAGCGGCGGAGCCCCCUCCCUCACUCCUCCCGCGAUGCCUCCCGGCGGCGGCGCGAUCCGCGUGCUGAACGUGGCGGAGAAGCCGUCGGUGGCCAAGUCCGUGGCGGAGAUCCUGUCGCGCGGGGGGAUGCAGUCGCGGGCGGGCCGGUCCCGCUACAACCGCGUCUUCGAGUUCAACUACGCCAUCGGCGCCCAGGCCUGCCACAUGCUCGUCACCUCCGUCACGGGCCACCUCAUGGAGCUCGACUUCGACGACCGCUACCGCCGCUGGUACUCCUGCGACCCCGCCGAGCUCUUCCACGCCCCCGUCCGCAAGGCCGUCCCCCAGGAUAAACAGGACAUAAAGAGAACAUUGGAAGAGGAAGCUAGGACGUGUCAAUGGCUUGUGUUAUGGCUUGAUUGUGAUAGAGAGGGUGAGAAUAUCGCAUAUGAAGUGGUUGACAUUUGUGCGGGCGCAAACCGUAAUCUGAACAUUUGGAGAGCUCGCUUCUCAGCUUUGAUUCCCAGGGAAAUACAUGAAGCUGUGCAACAUCUCGCCAGACCCAACAAGCUAUUUGCUGAUGCUGUGGAUGCAAGACAGGAAAUUGACCUUCGCAUAGGUGCCUCCUUCACUAGGUUUCAAACAAUGCUGCUAAAAGAUGCAUUUGUCCUUGAUGUCAGUGGGGAAGAAAGGAAUAUGGUUCUGAGCUAUGGUCCUUGCCAGUUUCCAACUCUAGGAUUUAUAGUUGAGCGUUUCUGGGAGAUACAAGCUCAUGAACCUGAAGAGUUCUGGACAAUAAAUUGUUCUCACACUUCAGAUGAAGGCACCGCGUCGUUUAUUUGGAUACGUGGCCAUUUGUUUGAUUACUCAUCCGCUGUUGUGAUCUAUGAAAUGUGUGUCCAUGAACCAAUGGCAACAGUACAGAAUGUCAGGAAUCAGGAGAAACUAAAAUACCCUCCAUACCCACUAAGUACCGUGGAGCUUCAGAAACGUGCUUCUAGGUGCUGCAGAAUGAGUUCAGAGCACACAAUGAAGGUGGCUGAAGAACUUUACCAAGCUGGAUUCAUUAGUUAUCCCAGGACAGAGACUGAUAGUUUCUCUCCAAACACUGAUCUGCAUGCAAUUGUACGUGAACAAGUGGAUCAUCCUGAUUGGGGAACGUAUGCCCAACGUCUUCUGAAUCCUGAAGAAAGGCUCUGGAGAAAUCCCAGCAAUGGUGGUCAUGAUGACAAGGCACAUCCUCCUAUUCAUCCAACAAAGUUUUCGACUGGUGAAAACAACUGGUCUCCAGACCACAAGAAAGUGUAUGAGCUAGUUGUUCGCCAUUUCCUUGCUUGUUGCUCCCAACCUGCAGUUGGAGCCGAGACAACCGUGGAAGUUGACAUUGCUGGUGAACAGUUCAAUGCAUCAGGGCGUGUCGUACUUGCUAAAAAUUAUUUGGACGUUUAUCGUUAUGACUCAUGGGGUGGUUCAUUACUUCCAACAUACACCAUCGGACAGCAGUUUGUUCCGACGUCUUUAACACUUGAUUCAGGAGUAACUCGACCACCACCUCUUCUUGCUGAAGCUGACCUCCUUAGCUGCAUGGAUAAAGCAGGAAUCGGCACCGAUGCAACCAUGCAUGAACACAUAAAAAAGCUACUUGACCGUUGUUAUGCAACCAAAGAUGCAAAUUCACGUUUCUCCCCAACAAAUCUUGGGGAGGCGUUGGUAAUGGGUUAUGAUGAAAUGGGGUAUGAGCUUUGGAAACCUUAUUUAAGAGCAAUGAUGGAAGCUGACAUGAAAUCAGUUAGUGUCGGUACAAAGAGUAAAGCGCAAGUACUUGAGGGUUGUUUGCAGCAGAUGAAGGCUUGUUUUCUGGAUGCAAGAGCAAACAAAGUGAAGCUCCUUGAUGCAAUGGGAACAUUCUUUGCUAGGUCAAAUAGACCUAUCAACGAGACACAAAAUACCAUUGAAGUUGUAAGGCCCUGUGGUGCAUGCAAUGACUCUGAAAUGUUGCUGAAGCGAAGGCCGAAUGGUGGUUUUAUGGUUGGCUGUCGGGGCUUUCCUCAGUGUAGAAAUGUAGUAUGGCUGCCCGGGUCCCUUGCAGAAGCUGCUGUGACGCAACAAAUUUGUCCUACCUGCAUUCCAGGUCCUGUUUAUAAGAUCCAAUUUAAGUUCAACCGAAGGGAUAUCCCACCAAGUUUCGAUGUUGAUCACCUAGGUUGCAUUGGUGGAUGUGACGAUGUACUCAAAGAGCUUACAGAGAUGAGUAGAUUUCAACAUCAUAACCAGACUACGAUGCCAGCAAGAAGCCAAAGCCAGACUCAGACUACAUCUACGAGUGGUGUAAGGCAGGGGGCUCCAAGGCAGGAUUUACCUACUGGUUCUCGUUCAACGGGGCAAUUUGCUAAUCAGCACACACCUGCUGUGAACCCCCAAGGGAGAGGUCAAAGCCAGACUCCGAGUGGUGUCGGAGUAAGGCAGGGGACUCCAAGGCGGGAUUUGCAUACCGUUUUUCGUACGGCUAGCCAGUUUGCUAAUGAGCAGCAGACACCUGGUGUGAAUCCACAAGGCUUUCGUUCGACCCACACGGGCCUUACCCAAAACUCAAGAAAUGCAUCAUCAUCAGGUGCAGGCCAAGUACUCUGCACUACAUGUGGAGAGGCCUGCAUAAACCGAACUGCUAAUACAGAGGCGAACAGGGGGAGGAAGUUCUAUAAAUGUCAAAAUCCUGGAUGCGGCUUCUUUGUAUGGGAAGACGAGCUGGAUAACGUGGCGCCCAGGGGCCGUGGGCGCGGCAGCCGCGGUGGUGGCAGGCAAGCAUCCGCAUCGGCAGGUCGUAGAGGCGGCGGGCGAGGCAGGAGGGGCCGGGGGAACGCCGACGCCGAGGGCAUGACGUUCGUCUCGGCGACUGGGGACACCGUGCACGGCUGCUGCUUCACCUGCGGCGACCCUUCCCACUUCGCCAACGCAUGCCCAAACCGGGGGCGAUAGCACAGAUCGGCAGCCUUAGCACGCACCAAGCAAAUGCACGUACAUUUAUGAUCGCUAGUGCAUCCAUCAUAGGCCAUGUUAGUGAUUUGACGGUGCUGCUGCUCGUAAGCUGUCAAGCGAAGCUGGAUGCGUGAGCCCGUGUCAACUCACACGCCAAAACCUGCGAACACGCACGUGCCGGCGGGAAGAUCAUGAUAACGCGAAGGCGAAAAGGCACACUUGCUCAAACUUAACGCUUACAAAUGUCACAGGGAAACCAACGGUUCUUCCAUGGCAUGAAGAUCGGAAUGAUGGGGCGAGCUGCGGUGCACGUAUGGCAUGCAAUCCGUCCAUGUAAAGCUCUUUCCGACAGUUCCAACCCCAUGAAUUCCAUCCAUUCCAUCCCAUCCCAAAGUCUCUAGUCAAAAAAGUGGAGCGGAAAAAAUGGAUCAUGUUUACCGCUUUUUUCCUUGCCCUACACCCAUCAGUAAUGAACCACCCAUCAGUAACCACUAUUUCGUCA